GGGAGGAGAAGGGGCGCCGGCAGGGCACGGCUCCGCCCCGCUCCCCCCGUGAGGCCGCCGAUGGGCGAAUGGCAGGACGCGAGGCGGGCAACGCAGAGGAGCUCGGGGCUCGACCGGCCGCGCCUGGAGCGCGCGGGGUUUGAGGCUCCGCUCGGGCGGCCGCAGCAGCCCGCUCCGCCCAUGGCCUCCGUGCUGGAGGACCCGGUCUUGAUCCGUCCCCUCCGAGGCCACGGGGCGGCGGUGACGGGUGUCGCCUUCAGCGCGAGCGCCGCGGAGCUCGCUACCUCUUCUUUGGAUAGGUGUCUUAUGAUAUGGAAGCUGAAGAAACAGUGCAGAGCUUACAAAUUUGUAGGUCACACGGAUGCUGUGACCAGCGUGAAUUUCUCACCAGAGGGACAGCUACUUGCUUCAUCUUCCCAGGAUCGUACUGUCAGACUGUGGAUUCCUUGCAUUCACGGUGAAUCAUCAGUACUGAAAGGUCAUACAGCAUCUGUUCGUAGCGUGAGCUUCUCACACGAUGGCCACUUUCUAGUUUCAGCAUCCAAUGAUAAAUCAGUGAAAAUAUGGAGUGUUCAGCGUCGGCGCCUUUUGUUUUCACUGUUUCAACAUACUCACUGGGUUCGCUGUGCCAAAUUUUCACCUGAUGGAAGACUAAUAGCAUCGUGCAGUGAGGACAAAUCUGUGAAGAUCUGGGAUACAAUAAAUAAAACAUGUAUUGAUAGUUUGAUAGAUUAUGAAGGGUUUCCAAAUUUUGCAGAUUUCAACCCAAGCGGUACAUGUAUAGCAUCUGCAGGUUCUAAUCAUACUGUGAAACUGUGGGAUAUUCGAAUGAACAAGCUGCUACAGCAUUACAAAGUUCACAGAGCAGAAGUUAACUGUGUAUCGUUCCAUCCUUCUGGUAACUAUCUCAUCACUGCUUCUACUGACGGUACCCUUAAGAUUCUGGACCUCUUAGAAGGAAGACUUAUUUACACACUUCACGGACACAAGGGACCUGUCUUUUCUGUGGCCUUUUCAAAAGGUGGUGAAAAAUUUGCCUCAGGUGGAGCAGAUGGUCAGGUAUUACUAUGGAAAACCAACUUUGAUUCAUUUGAUUAUAAAGAAGUUCUUAAACACCACAUUAGAAGAAUACAGACUGAUGACCCUCCUCAUCUUCUCGAUAUUUACCCAAGAUCACCCCAUCUCCAUGAUGAAAAGCUUCAGUCAGUUGAGGUCAAUCCUAUAUUUGAUGUGGCAGAUACACUAACAGUUGACCCACCUGUUGUAGAGAUUAGUCCCUCUCCAUCUUCUGGUACUUCGGAUGAUGUCAGCAAUGAAGAUUUGCAGUAUCCCUCUGCUUCAGUCCUGGCAACAAGUUCAAAGAGGAAGUCUGAGAAUGAGAGUGAAUCAGCUGUGCAUAAUGUGGGCAAGAAAAUAGGCAUCUCCCCAUCCCUGGGUAAUGCUCUGGAGAACAUUGUGGAACAGCUGGAUGUUUUGACUCUAACAGUUUCAAUCCUGGAACAACGGCUGACUAUGACUGAAGAUAAAUUGAAAGAAUGCUUAGAAAAUCAGCAAAAAAAUUUACCUCAGGAAAGACAGGAGGAAUAAAAGAUGGAAAUCCACUGCAAUCGAUACUAUGCUUUCUAUUUUCACAAGGAAAUAAUAAAUGUUGCUUCACUGGAUUUGACUGUAAGUGGAAAAAAAAUUCCUUUUCUGCUCAUCAAUGUAAUAAAAAUUGAAGAAAGAAAUGUAUGACAUUUUAAACGUUGGUUGCAAGCAGACACUCUGCUUAUACAUUUAGUAAAGUGUAGCCCAGCCAAAAGUAGUAUCAGCCAAAAGUAGUAUCACACUGAGUGUUUUUAGUUACAGGACUCUUAUUUCAGCCUAAUAAGAUCUUUAAAUUAAGCAACAAGAUGUAUAUUUUUAAAUUAGCAGCACUUACCGUGGAAGUGCCCUAUGCAGAUUUUUCAACUCAGGUAGGGGCUGUGAAAGUAGUGCUCACUGUGCUAAGGCAGUAUAACUCUUGCACAUAAAUGAAACAAGGUCCAAAUACCCCUAUCUGCUUAAGUGCCAGAAGUUUUCUUUGCCUCUUAUGGACUGUCAGAUAUUUUACCAAAAGCUUGUGACAGUUCAUUUUCUACAUAUUUUACUGAUGACUGCAAGAUUUAGUGUAAUAACUUUUAGUUACAAAUAUGAAGUCAUGUAAAUGUUGAAACAAUGAUUGUAUCUGCAUGAAUUCAGAUGCAAGAUGUGCAGCACUUUUACUCAUCCAGAAGAAUUCAUUUUUCAUUUUUAGUAAAUAAGAAUUAGCUUUGUAUUUCUUUGGAGUACAUCUGAACCAAACACACAGUGAUUCAAAGUCUCUAUCACAAAUACAAAAGAUCCCCAUCCUCCAAGGACUUCCUCAGGUGCUCACGUUUUUAUUGUGCUAUGAAUUCUCCUCAUCAUUUAAUGCAUUAUGAAUUAACCCAUAAUCAGUAAAGAUGUUGUGUGAGUCAGUUUGCCAUGUAUAAUGAAUUUUGGUUUUAUUUGUAAUAAAAAUGUGAUUUUUAGAAAGGCAUAAUUGUGGGUAUUGUUCUUCAGUAGAGAACAUCUCUGCUUCUUUAUGUCUACCUAUUACUUUUUUAAAUGGCAAUUGCAAAACACCUUUUGUAUAUCCACAAUCAGAAGUAGGUAGUCAGCCCUUUCUGCAGCUUCACAUUUUGUAGGUUGAAAAAUAGGACACUUGAAAUGGGGGAGCAUCUUAAUCCAAUUCUGCAACUGACUGUAUAUAGAUAAAGCCCAUUUCCCAAGCUGAGCCUCAUUAACAUCAAUAGAAUUCAGCUUAAGUACAGGAGUACCGGACAGACACCAUUGCAGUCGGAGCCAACAUAAUGAGCAGACAAAUGUUCCUUUAUAGCUUUUUAUUUUCUCUUAUAGUACACCUUUGGAUAGCCAGAAGAAUCUCAUUUAGUACUUAGUAAAUACUGAAUUUUGCCAACAAGUGCUACUUAUUUUCAGCUCAGCUUUAAAUAGCGCUAUAUAUUGUGAAGAAACAACUUACAAGCUUUCCAGAUACAACUAUUUCUAGGCAACAUCCUAUGCACUGAUUUUUUAGUGGAAGGAUAGUUUUAUAUAUUCCAAUGUGUGCGGCAUGACCUUUGAUUAUGCAAUUGUUUAUAAUGCUAUAUAAUGCAGAGUUAUAUAAAUAGUGUCUUUUAGGUCAGAUGUACUUUGCUGUUUUGCAUUUGAAAAUAUUCUUGUGGUCUUUGCCUUUUCUUGGUUUCCUUACAAGGCACAAAACCAUGCAGCUAUUAAAAAAGUGGGGUUAUUUCUUGUUUUCUUUUAAUGGAAUACAUAUUUUUCUGUUUCUAUAUCCAUAGGAUUUUUGUUGUUGUUGUUAAGCUUUUCAGGAUUGUUAAGCAACAACAUAUGAAAAUAUUAUUUUUUACUUUAUAUUUUAAUAAAAUCUCUGCUUCUGUCUUCCCUUUUGCCCUAA